AUGGGAUGCUGCCCGGGAGACUGCCUCAAUUGCUGCUCCCAGGAACAAGACUGCUGUGAGGAGUGCUGCUGCCAGCAGGGCUGCUGUGGCUGCUGUGGCGGCUGCUGUGGCUCCUGCUGUGGCUGCGGAGGCUCUGGCUGCGGAUCUAGCUGCUGUGGGUCUGGCUGCGGCUCUGGCUGCGGAGGCUGCGGGUCUAGCUGCUGUGGCUCCGGCUGCGGCUCUGGCUGCGGAGGCUGUGGAGGCAGCUGCUGCGGCUCCGGGUGCUGUGGCGGCGGGUGCUGUGGUCCAGUGUGCUGUCAGCCCACACCCGUGUGCGAGACGAAAUGA